AUGCAAAUCAAAACAUUCGUUCACAAAUUACACUCGAUUCUACAAGAGCCAGGGAUUAGUAAUUUGAUUGCCUGGUCAGACAAGUACGACGGCGCGUUCUGUUUGAAACCAUACGACGCCGACUUUGCCAACCUCGUGCUCAAGAGGUAUUUUAAACACGGAAAUGUCAGCAGCUUUGUUAGACAGCUGCAUAUGUAUGGGUUCCAUAAAAUACCAGUACUCGACGUCAAAAAUACUAUCAGUCCAUUGCCUAGUAGCGACAGUAUAAAUAAUACCAGUACUAACUCUACAGGUCCCGAGUUUACGGGCAACAAUAAUGAAAAUAGUUCCCUAGAGAGCAUGGCCCAGGAAACGGACCAGCGGCGAACAGACAAAGCAAGCACAAUCUGGUACUUCUCUCACCCGUCGGGCAAUUUCUAUAAAGACGCCAAAUAUGGGACGCUGAGUAAAACCCAUAGGAAAAACAGCGCGCUGGGCAAGAACGGCAAGAGGAAAAACGUAUUGUCCCCAGUGUGCAUUAGCUUCAUAGAUAGCACCAGCCAAAUGCCAUUAAGUGCAAGAACUCCCUUGUCAAAACCCGCAACGAAUUCAGUGGGGGGGAGCUCUGGCCCAGCACCAAUACAAAGGAUCUCACCCAGGUCUGGGUCCUACCCGGGACCCGCAACUACAAAAUUUCCCCUACCAGAGGGACCCCACACAGACGUUGAUAUUCUACAGCCUUCAAAUUCAUUUUCUUACUCCAAUAGUAACAAUAUGUUCAUCAGGAAUGGCGGGGGGCAACAGGCCAGUAACAGCAGCGAAGAUACAAGAAGAGUGUCCGCUGACCAGCAAGGAAUUAUCCACUCGCAUCUAGCGUCGAACCAAACUUUUUACACGGCAGCGGGGGUAUCGCACCCGGUCAUGAAUUAUGCUCCAAUGUACCAAAACAAUAAUUCUUUGAUACCGAACCCCCCGGUGUGGAGGGACCAGACUUAUAUUCCGAACAACCCGACAGUAAACAGAACUCGCAACGGUGCGGAACUGAAUAUGAAUAACUUAGCACAGGCUGUGAUACUGAUUACAGAGAUACUCGAGGAACUAAAUCUCAUAAAUUUCCCAAAUGGGGAAGAAGAUACACCACCAGACGCAAGGCAAGUUAGAAUGCGAAGUCUCUUGAGUUCACUGGAGACUUUGAAACAAAAUAUAAUAGCUGACUCCGGGCUUCUGCUGAACGAAGAGGUGCCCCCACACUUGGGACGAUACUGA